AUGCAGCUCAUAUCCUCUCCACAACCAUUCUUUCCCUUACCCGCAAGUACGGCACGAACGAAUGAUUCGAUCCCGAGACUUCCUAGCCAGCCUGAGGCAGGCGCCCUUGAAAGUGCCAUCACUUCUCUAUCUGAUGAACAUCUCGCCGCCCUUACCGCUCAACAACCACGACGCAACCUUCGUGCACGGAAGGCCAUUCAACUACAUCCCUACCUUCUCGAAGUCGAGCAGUACCGUCGUGCCCUCAAAGCUCGUGGCCUAAGACCCAUCCAAGUUGCUACGAAUAGUCAGCGUCCAAGAAAUCAGGAUGAUUCCCAGGAUGACGAGUUUCGUCAGGGAGAGAGUCAGCCACGACGACCCCAGCACGAGCACACCCAGGAAUCAACUCCUCCAGACUCUUCUGCCUCGUCUGUCCACAAUCAGCCGCCACGUCUUGACUUGUCCAACCUCAUCGCUGGAGACGACGAAGACGAAUUUCCCGACAUCGAUGCUGCUCUCCGUCGUCAUGUCAUCGGUGGUACCCAAAUUCAUUACAAGCGCCGCAAGACUCUCGAGACUCCUGACACAAACCAGAAUGGACGCAUGCUACCUUCCGGAACUUCCAACCAGGAUUUACUACCACCAUCACCCCCAAGGACAUCGAGUCCAGCAAAUGCGGAGCCUACACAUGUCGCUCCCCCUCGCUUCAGGCUUCCACAUGGUGUUAAUCCUACAGCCGUUCCUACACCACUUCCUUCUUCGCCUGAGCCGCCGGCCUCCACAUCAGUCAGACGCCCUCGUCAGGUAGUUAUAUCGUCCGACGAAGAAGCUGUCAGUCAUCAAGGUUCUGGUGCAGAGUCCAGCUCCUCAUCCGAAUCGGAUCAGGUAGACAGACAGUUGUUGCGUUACUCGCGGAAGAUUAGGGGUGUGCUGCCUGCCUCGUACCUUAAACUCGACAGACAGAUUAGACAACGAUCGCCAUCGGUUGUCCCUUCUGAAGCUCAGAAUGCAACACCGAGACCAACAGCUCCUGUCAGAGGCGUUGCUCAACGGAAGGUGACAAGCGCCUCUGCCACAACAGCUCGCCAGAACAGCUAUGUGAUAUUUUCUGACAACUCCGAGUCAGAUAGCUCGGUUCCAGAACUGCCAGCUUCUCGACUGCUCCAGACUAGACUGCCAUCACCGAUUACUGGACGCCCUUCAGGUCGGCCUUUUGAGCCAUUGGAAGUCGACGAGCAUGACGAGAUUGAUGAUAUGCUUCCGACGAGCGGAAGAGCUCGCUUCAGAGAGCCCGGUGGCAAGAAGAAACAAUCUAAGCUUCCAAGCACGUUCACACGUACGAAGUCUUCUUUAAAUCAGGCUCAAUCAGGUCAGAAGCGAAAAGCUCCGGCUCAUUCAAGAGCACAGAAGUCAACCUCGCGUCAUGAGCCAGGCCCGAGCAUCAAAAGAAAGUCAGCUGCAAAGAAGCCAAAGCCAGUCAAACUGAGUAUCCUGGAUGCUACCACCUCUAAUGAUCCAAAAUCACCACGAGCAGUAUCUAGACCUCAAUUCGUGCGUCUCGCUGCUCGUCAAGCCCGGAAUCGGCCUGAUCAUGGCCGGCACAGCCCAUCCAACAAGGACAUCCGUCUGGCUACGAGGGAAGAUACCCAAGAUGCCCUCGAACCGUUACUGUCCUGGCGAGCAGGCAAUUUGAAUCGCAGUUGGGUUCCUCCACCUCAAGAUUCGCGUUCCAAUGCUAGUGCUCAUAACGUCGAGGACUCAACAUUGACUGAAGUGCCAAAUGAUCAAGAAAUCUCAGUGACAACAGGUGGUUCACAACACCGCAGGCCUGGUCAACCGCGACCGCUCAUGGUCACGAAGUCGAGACAGUCUCGACAACUCCAAGAGAAAGGCAAUCCUGCGCGAAAGCGUACGGCUCAAAAUUUGCUGCGAGCAAAUCAGCGGAAGCUGCUCGAACGUGAUCACCGCAUGCGUCCUGCGCAGCUAGAGAGCGUAGCCCAGAGCACAAACCUUGACCUUGAUCCGCUUACCUUCGCUGCACCUCCAUCCCGCUUGAUGGAGAUAUUCGCUCGAGACAAAUGGGAUCAGCCAGCUUCUAAGUUCAGGCUUGAGCGCUUCCUCAAGGACAAGGGCGACUUGCCGGAAGCUUCUGUUCCAGAAGACCCAGAUACGAACAUGACAGGCACUGAUAAUGUCGUCUCACACUCACGAAUCCGCAAAAGACUAGCUCGACGAAUUGAUGUCGAAACAACUAGAUUUCGUCAGCCGAACGAGCCUCUACCAGCUGAUGUUCCCUCUGGUCCGACUCAAGAGCUAGAGAACACAAUCUUGGAUAAUUCUCCUGAGAAGGCAAUUCUACAGGGCCUGGGUCCUUUUGGUACUUGUUACCCUACGGACUUCGAUGUCAGACCGCUCGAGGUUGGCACCUAUUUCGCUACUAGCACAUUCGUGGGCAGUGGAGACUUCAACGAUUGUUUGACGUUACGCAAGCGCGACCUUGAUGUCCCCGCUGGUCGAAUCACUGUAGAAGUAGCCGGUCGCUCUUUGCAUUGGAGUGCCUGGAAUGAAGACGUCUCUGCCGGUCUUGAUCUCAUACUGUCAGCUUGCACAGAAGAUCUACACAGUCUCGGCGGAUAUGAGAGCACGGAGAUGCGACGAACUGCCAUGGAAGAUACCACUGCGCGCUUCAACUAUUUUUUGAGAUCUAUUGUGAGGUAUCUCUCAGGCUGUCUUCACUUCCUGGAUUCCAUCGAUCGAUCCUCUAGCUUGAGCCGCCUUUCCCGCUUUGUCGAUGAGUUUGUAGACAUGGUCGAAAUGGAAACCAUCGUUCUGAAAUCCCGCCCGGAUAUACAGACUCACGUUGACAGACUCAUGGUGGAUUCACUGUCAUACCUGCUCUGCUUAACUGUACAAUCAGUACGCAUAUCGCAACAUCCUGCUGCUGAUUUCAGGUUGCAGGCUGUUCUCAUGGAAAAGUCUGUUCGCUUGAGCACAAAGAUCAUCGCCGCAGCGCUGCCGCCGAGACUCACUCCUGUCCGCGAGUUUUUAGAGACAAAUCGUGAGCACGCUCGACGCGAAUCUGGAAUCCAGGCACAUGAUAUUGCUAUCACGAGCAUUGUCGUUGUCAACCAUGCACUUACAACUGUCAACGCACCCACCAAGCUUUCCGACAUCAUCAGCACACAUUUAGGUCGUUCAAUUACAAAGGCGCACAACAUCCACUCCCUUGAUCAGAUAUGGUACGAUGCCUUUUGUCUUCAACCUCUUCUGGAGAUCGAUGCGAAAGGCAUUUUCCGACCAAGAAGCAGGUUUUCAUCAGCCAAUGAUAACUGGAACUUGGUAAAAAUGCUCUUGCAGCGCACCUUUGAAUUGUAUCCGGCAACCAGCAAAGCGCGCAGUCCAACGCUCAACGAGUAUGUACGGGCAUGUCUGACCAGGGUAUAUCAUCUGAUCACGCGCUGGAGUUGGCGCAGGUGUGAGACUGCACUGAGUACGAUAUACGACUUCUUUGCUGGCAACAACCUUUCGCAACUCCAUAAGGAAGAAGGUAAAGGUUCACCACGCUUUCUCGAAGACCUUGACACAGACCCGACGAUCGAGCUCGAAGCAUCCGAUUGUGCAUUCCACAUUUUCCUCAAGUUGCUUGUAGUUGGCUUGCGGGGUUUACAAGGUCUCUUGCCUAAGAACAAAGUCCGAGGUUUCGCAUGGAGAUUUAUUCCCAACCAUGGCCGUACGUACCGGAAAGAGCAGGAGGUCACUCACAUCGCACUCAAUGCCUUACGCAAUCAUCAUGACUUGCUUUGUACACUGUAUUGGGUUAUGCCAAAUGGCUGUGGACCUCGAUUGCAGAUGAUCAAAGACUUGGUCGACCAUGAUAACUCGCAUCGAGAAGCUUGUCGGCUUAGCGUCCAUGCCUGGGGCAUGCUUGCUCGUUACCAGCUUUCGCAAAGUGGAAAAUUCAAUGAUCAGGAUGUCUUGGCUUCAUGGUACAGAGACAUGGUUUCAACCACGAUAUCUCAAUAUCGACUUGCCAGGUCUGAAGCAGAAGCACAGUAUACCGCGGCGAGAUCCAGAGGGUCGUCUGAGAUAACGCCUGAGAUGCUCGAGAUGACUGUCACAGCCAAUCAACGAAGCAUUUUUGCCAUUCUGCAAGAUCUGCUAUUGGCAAUGCGCAAUGCUCUCAAGAUCUCAAAGUCAUGGUCUGCUGUUCGCAAUGUCACCGAGCAAUCUAAUGUGAUCGAGGUGCUGAAAUUGUUCGACAUGGAUCAGCCCAGACUUUCCGUUGCUAUUGUUCAGGCACUGGAUAUUGUUGAUGAACUGCUUGUCGCCAAAACCAGGUUAUGCAGACCAAUACAGCAAGAAAGUCAGCCAGGCAGUGAUGACAGCCAGGACUAUGGUGACUGGUCCUUCAUGGAUCAGGUCAUGGAAGAGCCAGGGAACUCAGAGCCGAAGACAUCAGAAGUGGCGUUCCUGCAAGAACCUCUCGCCUCACUUCUCUCAACAUGCUUUGGCUCGGAGAAGAGUCCUGAUGAUGCGCUUCUCAAGAGGAUUGUUGAUGUCUGGAUCGCCACUGCGCAGCAGUUGAUCAAUGAGAAUGUUCUUGACUGGUCAAGCUUCCUAGAUGUCUACAGCACAUCUUCAUGGUUCCAGCUCCGAGAGACCGAACAGAGGCACAAAUACACUUGCUAUUUCCUUGCGUCUGUCAUCAAGAGCGACAGGUCAAGCCUCUACAACCAUCGAACUCUUUUCAUGAAAGCUUGGUUCGUCGCGUUGUUCGAGCGCGAAUCGAAGCUCAAGUUCCAACACCGCCUUACGGCAAGUCUGCUAGAGAAAGCCACCUCGGAGCCAUUACUGCACAAUCUGCCAUUUGCUGCCAACUAUGAGACUGGCGAGUAUCGCAUCACCUCAGCUGAGUUCCGUGAGCGGCGAAUCAGUCUCAUCAGUAGUGUGCUGUCAAAUAUGCAUACCUCACUCAAUCCCUCUCAUUCAUCGACGAUGUCAGACAGCAAAAGAGAGUAUGUUGAUAUGCUUAAGGCUGCUAUGCAACACAUGCGCAGUACAUACGAACAACUUCAAAACAUGUCUGGUCGACUUGGCGGUUCAUCUUACGACACUGUCAAAGGAGCUUACGUCGAAUUCGUCCAGUCAAUCAUAUCGCUGAUGCAGCAAUACACAUCGGACAUCUGUCCUAUCGAUCCUUUCUUUGUGGACUCUGCCGCUUUCCCUCUUCCCCUCGAUGACCCGACAUAUGUCAAGGCAAAGCUCAAAAGCUAUGAUUCCAAACUGGAAGACAAUCGCGCCCGCAAACAACUUGCUGUCUUUGUUCAAACAGUCAGUGAGCGCGCAGCUUCUGAGAACCAGCAACCAUAUCUCACCAAGCAGAUGCAUGAUGCUCUGAUCGGAGACGCAUCAAGAGGACUCAGGAGUGUGGUACUAACGGCUCUGCUACCGCCGUACAUUCACUGUUCACACAGUUCCACUCCAGGCAGUGUCUUAGCUCUGCCCCUCAUUGAAGCUAGUGCUGCGGUCAUCUAUGACAUAAUCUAUGAUCUAGACCUUGCUGACGAAAAAGCCGUGGAUUUAGACGUCGACGCCAUCAGCUCUGUUCUCACGACAGCAUAUCACUUUGCCAUGUCAAUCCCGUCUCAGCCAACAUUGCAAGACGUCGGCCCUUUACGUCUCCUCGCAGCGAUCUUCCAUCUUGCGGAACAAAGUCUCACGUUUGUCGAGUAUGUGCACCGCGCUACUGGUAAGGCAAGUGGCGCCAUGGAAUUGCUCCGCCGUCUCAUGGCAUUUGGCGAAGAGUUUAGCACCCGCGUCAUGGAUUCCUUUGCGGACGUGCAAAUUUCGCCUGAUGCGCCAAUGCUCGAGGGUAUCUACUGUCCUUGGCAAGAUACGCUUGACUUUGCUUCACGCAAUCUUGCCGAAACACUCGCAAGAGUACCAUCACGAAACUGGGAGACAGAUUUUGGAAGCGUUGAAGAGGAAAGUCUGAGAGUCGUAGCUUCUUUUGAGUUAUUCAGACGCAGCUACAACGUUGUUGUGUGUCGUGGCAAAAAUAUCGUGCAAAGUGCUGUCGAUGGAGUUGAGAUUGAGGAAGGUGAGGACGAGGAGCUUGAGGAACAAGAUAUACAGAGACAAGGACUCGAUGAAGUGAUGACUGGUAUGCAGGGUCUGGGAUGGGAAGGCUUGGUGUAG